AAAAAAAAAAAAAAAAAUAUCAUCCCCUUAAUUAUCCUUCAUUUCCCUUUUCCCUCCAUUCCAAACAGAGAAUUAAUUAAAUCAGUGAGCAACUACUAUAAGAACACAACAUUACAUGCACCGCGUCUCUUCCCUUUCUCUCUUCCAUUUCUGUUUAAUUUUCUAAUCAUCGUUUUCACCCUUAAUUUAAAAAAUAGCCAGUCUCAGAUAGUAGUAAAAUUCCAGUAUUUGAGAAGUAACCAGAAUGGGAAAAUUCGAUUGGAGAUACGUUACGUUGUUCGUGCUUAUACUUGUUUGGAGUGUAAAUGGCGGAAUUGAAGGAGUGAUCAAAGUGAAUUAUAAAUUUUCCGGGUCGGAAAGGAAUUUACGUGCCCUAAAAGCUCAUGAUGAAAUGCGCCACCUCAGAAUCCUCGCCGGCAUUGACCUUCCUAUCGGCGGCAUUGGCCGUCCUGAUUCCGUCGGGCUUUAUUAUGCUAAGAUUGGGAUUGGAACACCUCCAACUAAUUAUUAUGUCCAAGUGGAUACAGGAAGUGACAUUAUGUGGGUUAACUGCAUUACGUGUCAAGAAUGCCCCAGAAGAGGCUAUCAUGGUCUGGAGCUAACACUCUACAAUCCAAGGGAUUCUCUCACUGGUAAACUCAUUGUUUGUGGUCACUCAUUUUGCAAAGACAUCGACAGAGGUUCAGUAUCAGGCUGCUAUGGUAAUACUUCUUGUACUUAUGGUCAAGUUUAUGGAGAUGGAAGCUAUAGUAGGGGCUACUUUGUGGAGGAUGUUGUCCAAUAUGAUCAGGUGUCAGGUGAUCUCCAAACUAAAUCAUCAAAUGGGAGUGUUAUUUUUGGGUGUGGUGCUUCACAAUCUGGGGAUCUGAAUUCCUCUGAUGAAGCUCUUGAUGGGGUUCUUGGAUUUGGGAAAUCAAAUUCAUCCAUGCUUUCCCAGCUGGCUUCAUCUGGAAGAGUGACGAAAAAGUUUGCACACUGCUUAGAUGGUGUGAAUGGUGGUGGUAUUUUUGCCAUUGGGGAUGUUGUGCAACCAAAAGUAAACAUGACUCCUUUGGUACCUAAUCAGCCACAUUACAAUGUCAAUAUGAAGGCAGUUGAAGUUGGUUAUCAGUUUCUAAACCUGUCUGUUGAUGUACGUAUGAAUGGAGAGGACAAUGGAGUAAUAAUUGAUAGUGGAACAACAUUGGCUUAUCUUCCUGAGGUGAUUUAUGGCCCACUAGUGAAAAAGAUAUUCUCCUGGCAACCUGAUCUGAAAUUGCGUACAAUUCGUGAUGAGUAUACAUGCUUUGAAUACUCUGGAAGUGUUAAUGAUGGAUUCCCUCAAGUCACUUUUCAUUUUGAAAAUUCUCUUUCUUUAAGAGUUAGACCCCGCGAGUAUCUAUUCCCAUAUGUAAGUAUGUUUUUUCACGAGUUAGUUUUAACUCUCAGAGCCACUCGCCAUGUUUGUGCAGUUAGAGAGGCUUUUGCUACCUAUGCUCUUGCUGAACCCGGAGAGACAGUUUAUAUGGGAAAUGCUUCAACAGCAAAAGUUGAAGGAUAUGGGAAGGAGCCACUCGCCAUGUUUGUGCAGUUAGAGAGGCUUUUGCUACCUAUGCUCUUGCUGAACCCGGAGAGACAGUUUAUAUGGGAAAUGCUUCAACAGCAAAAGUUGAAGGAUAUGGGAAGACUUGGAGGUAUUCUGAUGCUUGCAGAUUUGGUACUCUCAAAUAAGCUAGUUUUGUAUGAUCUUGAAAACCAGGCCAUUGGUUGGACGGAAUAUAAUUGCUCAUCAAGCAUUGAAUUAAAAGACGAAAUUACUGGAUCGGUUCGUUUAGUAGGUGCUCACUCUCUGUCAAGUGGUUCUAGUUUGACAGCUCAAAUGGCUCUAACUAUAUUCUUGUUGUUAGUAGCUCUGCUGCACAACUAUCUAUUCAACUGGUAAAAUCUGGUCAGUAUUAGCUUCUGGUCUGGUGUACCUGAGACUGAGAAUUGUUCAUAUGACUGAAAAUAACUUUUCAAAGUAUUGAUACAGCAGCUUGUGGCUGUAACCGGGCGUACACAUUUUACAUUCAGAAUGGACUGCAAAAGCAAAGCUGAAAUAUAGAACAGAUUAACAGAUAAUUCCAUUUUGUAUGUAGCUGGCUUAUGUUGCAAACGGAAUACUGUAAGUAGCUCUGGAUAUAUAAGCGUUCCGCUUGUUAUAACACAAGUUUCUUGACGAGCUAAACUGCCUUAAUAGCUUUUCAGCUUUAAAAAAAAAAUUGGGCAGCCCAGUGUACAAGGUAUCGCACAUUCACGCAGGAUCCUGGAAAGGGCCGCAUCCCAAGGGGUGUGAUGUAGACAACCUACCCUAAUGCAAGCAUUAGUGACUGCUUCUACGGCUCGAACCCGUGAUCUUUAGGUCACACGGAGAUAACUUUUCGCUUCACAAGUAUUAAAAUAUUUAUCUGAUAUCUGCUAGUAGCAAAACUAUAUCUGUGAUAAGCUUGUGAGAUUACCUCAUUUUCAGUUCACUGGAAGAGUACAAGGAACAGUCAUACUAGAAAUUCCUUCAAACGUUUUUUUAUUUUACAAGUCUCAAAAACUUCUCUAUGACAUAUUUCGGAGCUGUAUGAUGAGUUUGGUUUUGAUAUCUUGUGCAAGUAGAAAAAUACCAAUA